AUGACAACCUGGACCGCUAGCACUGUUAGACAGACAUUCUUGGACUUCUUCAAGAGCAAGCAGCACACCUACGUGCCAUCGUCAUCUGUGGUGCCCCACAAUGACCCUACGUUGUUGUUUGCCAAUGCUGGUAUGAAUCAGUACAAGCCAAUCUUCCUCGGAACCGUUGACCCCACUUCUGACUUUGCCUCUUUGAAGAGAGCAGCUAACUCACAAAAAUGUAUCAGAGCUGGUGGUAAACACAAUGACUUGGACGAUGUGGGUAAAGAUUCGUACCACCACACGUUUUUCGAGAUGUUGGGCAACUGGUCGUUUGGCGAUUACUUCAAAAAAGAGGCUAUUGAGUGGUCCUGGGAGUUGUUGACGGGCAUCUACAAAUUGGAAAAGGACCGUUUGUAUGUGACCUAUUUCGAAGGUGACGAGAAGAACGGUUUGAAGCCGGACUUGGAGGCUAAGCAGUACUGGUUGGACGUCGGUGUGGCUGAAGACCAUAUUUUGCCUGGUAAUGCUACCGACAACUUCUGGGAAAUGGGUGACCAAGGCCCUUGUGGCCCAUGUUCCGAAAUACACUACGAUAGAAUUGGUGGCAGAAAUGCUGCUUCCUUGGUGAACAUGGACGACCCCAACGUGUUGGAAGUGUGGAACAUUGUGUUUAUUCAGUACAAUAGAGAAGCUGACUCUUCGCUUAGACCUUUACCAAACAAGCACAUUGAUACUGGUAUGGGUUUCGAGAGAUUGGUGUCUAUCUUGCAAAACAAGUUCUCCAACUAUGACACGGACGUGUUCACCCCAAUUUUUGAAAAGAUUCGUGAAAUUACUGGUGUCAGACCUUAUACGGGCAAGUUUGGCGCUGACGAUGUUGAUGGUAUUGACACUGCUUACAGAGUUAUUGCUGAUCACGUCAGAACGCUAACCUUCGCCAUCACUGACGGUGGCGUGCCAAACAACGAAGGUAGAGGUUACGUCUUGAGAAGAAUCUUGAGAAGAGGCUCUCGUUACGUGAGAAAGUACAUGAACUACCCAAUUGGCUCGUUUUUCCAGCAACUAGUUGACGUUGUUAUAGAGCAAAACUCUAAGAUUUUCCCUGAGAUCGCCCACAAUUUGGCUGAGUUGAAGGAAAUUUUGGUCGAGGAAGAGGUUUCCUUCGCUAAGACCUUAGACAGGGGUGAGAAAUUGUUUGAGCAGUAUGCUAUCAUCGCUUCGAAGACCCCUGAGCAAACGUUAUCUGGUAAGGAUGUUUGGAGAUUGUACGAUACAUACGGUUUCCCCGUCGACUUGACCAGAUUAAUGGCUGAAGAAGCUGGCUUGAAAAUCGAUGAGGUUGCUUUCGAAAAGGCAAAACAAGAAUCCAAGGAAGCAUCGAAGGCAUCUGGUUCUAAGAGCGGUGCUGAGUUAAUCAAGUUGGAUGUCCAUGCAUUGUCUGAAUUAGACGGGAACGACGCUGUCCCUAAGACUGAUGACCACUACAAGUACGGUUUGGAAAACACUAAGUCUAAAAUUGUUGCUCUUUACGACGGUUCGAAGUUCACUGACUCCAUCUCAGAGGCUGGUCAACAAUACGGUAUUCUCUUGAAUAAGACCCCAUUCUACGCUGAACGAGGUGGCCAAGAGUACGACACCGGCUCUUUGGUCAUUGAUGGAAGCGCUGAAUUCAACGUCACCAACGUUCAGUCAUAUGCUGGGUACGUUUUGCAUACAGGUAACUUGGUUGAAGGUACCCUAAAGGUCGGUGACGAGCUCAUCGCUACGUAUGAUGAAUUGAGAAGGUGGCCAAUUAGAAACAACCACACUGGUACUCACGUCUUGAACUUUGCAUUGAGGGAGGUUCUUGGUGACAGUGUCGACCAAAAGGGCUCUUUGGUCGCUGCUGAAAAGUUGAGGUUCGACUUUAGCAACAAGCAAGCCUUGACAACCAAGGAAUUGGAGGACGUCGAGAGAAUCUGCAAUGAAAACAUUAAGGCCAACAUGGAAGUGUACGCUGAAGAUGUCAGCUUAGCUACUGCCAAACAGAUAAACGGUCUAAGGGCUGUGUUCGGUGAAGUUUAUCCAGACCCUGUCAGAGUUGUCUCAAUUGGUAAGCCAGUAUCUGAGUUGCUUAAGGACCCAGAGAACAAGGAGUGGCACAAGUACUCUAUUGAACUCUGUGGUGGUACCCAUGUUGCCAAGACUGCAGACAUAAAAGACUUGGUCAUCAUCGAAGAAUCUGGUAUUGCAAAGGGUAUUAGAAGAAUUGUGGCCGUGACUGGUCAUGAUGCUCACCGUGUUCAGCAAAUUGCCAAGGACUUUGAUGCCGAAUUGGACCAUGCCUCGAACUUGCCAUUCGGUCCAGACAAGGAGCAGCAGGCAAAGGAGCUCGGUGUUACAUUGAAAAAGUUGUCCAUUUCAGUCUUGGAUAAGCAGAAACUCAACGACAAGUUUAGCAAAUUAGACAAGUCCAUCAAGGACCAGUUGAAGGCUAAGCAGAAGGAAGAGUCCAAGAAAACUUUGGAAGUCAUCAACGAGUGGUUGAAGGAUGAGGAGAAAUCAAAGGCUCCUUUCCUCGUUGCUCAUGUUCCAAUUAGUGCUAAUGCUAAGGCUAUCACUGAGGCGUUCAACCUCAUCAAGAAGCAAGCCAAGGAGAAGUGUCUUUACAUGAUAACCGGUACUAGCGAAAAGGUUGCUCACGGCUGCUACAUUUCAGAUGAGGCGAUUAGCAAGGGUGUUGAUGCCAGUCAGGUUGCCCAAGCUGCCAUUGCUUAUAUCGGCGGAAAGGCUGGUGGUAAGGGUAACAUCGUUCAGGGCAUGGGUGACAAGCCUGAGGGAAUCGACGAAGCUCUUAAGGCUGUCAAGAAGCUUCUUGAGGAAAAGUUGCAAUAG